ACGUUCAAAGUUUCAACAAAACUAUAUAAUAUAUAUUUUUUAAAUUCAUCUUUGAAAUAAAACGUUUUGCACUGCUCCUUCUAUGACCCUCUUUUUUCUAAUGUUAUAAUGAAUAAAGUAUAACUCCGAUGAACUUUUAUUUAUAGUGUGAAAUAAAACGUUAAGUAUACGUUAGCGAAUCGGACAGUGUAAGUCUUUUAAAACAGCAUACCUAUAAUUGACGCUUUUGAUGAAUUAAAGCGUCAGAGAAGCAUACUCAUCUCACUAAAAAACAACGAAGGGGGAUAUUUUGAAGCUCAAUUAAAGAAUGUUUAUGUAAGUAAAUAAUAAUUAAUUAAUUAAGUGGACAAUCAUUAUAAUUAUUGUAAAUAGCAGGUGAUUCUAACUUUUUAAAUACGCCAAAACUACUUUUCUAGUUUAUUCAAAUGUGAAUUCAGCUUUACUUUUAAGCAACGUGGAAAAUAGGUAGUUAUUGUAUAGCUGAAUCACUAUUGAAUAACGUCCAUCGCUGAUUAUAACGUUUUAUUCGUGUAAAAUUUAAAUGGACAUCCCUAAAAAUCGUAACUGUCAAAAAAUUUAAAAUUUUCAUUGUUUUGAACUUUGGCUCUGGCUAUUUCUUUCUACUAAAACAAGAGCUCAUAAUAAAAGAUAGAAAUCUUUUAAUCUAAAGAAAAAUGGCUGAAAAUAAAUUAAGCUGUGAUGAAGUACCUGUAAAAUUUACAGAAUGGCUUCUGAAUAUGGGUUGCCCAUCUGAAAAGGUUCCUUCACUGGACAAAAUCGCACAGUAUGUCAAGAAUGGAAUUCCUAUUUUAUGUUGUUUUUGAUAGUGUUCACGUCUAAUACAGAUACUUUAAUUUUAGAAUGUGUAGAGGUCAAUAUUAUAUGGUAUGGCGCAGUGUAAUGGAACAUGUAGAACCUAAGAAUAUUAUUAGACAGAAAAGACUGCAGGUAUUUUGUGAUGAUAUGCGUAUGUGGAAAAGAAAAAAUACGUACAAGUACCAACAACAUUCUGAUGUAUUGAUACCAAAUCAGUUAGCUCUCUGGCAACAACAUAAAGACAUCAAAGAGAAAGUUAGUAAUGCAGAAGUUAGAAGAGAAGAGGCACAAAAAAAUCUGAACCAGUUAAUGGAUAAAAUAUCUACUAAGUGUAAGUAUUAUAUUGAAACUAGGAUAAGACUACAACUUUUUUCAGGUGAAUUUCAAGAUUCACUUAAAGAAGUAUAUUUCUGUAAUACCCAUGUUUUAUGACUUUUUUUGUUUUUUUUUUCCUUCAUCUGCAAUCUGCCUUUAAGCUUUAAUCAGAUGCAUUGACAU